AUGAUGUACUCGCGCCAGCGGAUGUCACAAUCACGCGCUCUCUCAAAUGCACGAGGAGACACACCUCCUCCAGAAUUCGAUAUCCCGGAGCUACCAGCCUACGAGCCGCCCUCAGCCCCCCUCACAGCCGAAGCCAAUCGUCAGCUAACCAUGCUCCUCCAAAGCGAAGAACGCAAAAUUUUAAAAAUCAACCUCCAACACGCUAUGGAAUCACUCACCCACAACGCCGGCGAGGUGAAUGAGCGACUUUGUGAUGCGCGACUCCGCUAUGAGAAAUCCAAAGAAAAACAACGGAAUCGAAAUGCUGCUGCAGGCGAAGAAGAGGGUUCUAAUAUGGAGGCAGCAAAUGAGGAGCUAGAGAGACUUGGUGAAAUUGAACGCCAGACUGAUGAGGUGACGGGGCAGAUGGAGGAGAAAUUCCGGGCAAUGAUUGAUGCAGAGACUAGGCUGCAGGAGCUGACUGAGACAGUUGAGCGGAUUAGGAGGGAAGAAGAGGAAGCGCAGCUUGCGACGUUAGGGCCGAGGAGGACGAGGGGACAAGGGAGGCGACGGAGGGGUGAUGAUGGGGAUGGUGACGAUGCUGCGGAUAGUGAUUUUGAAGGGUCGCCGGAGCGGGAGGCCAGAGAGCGUUCCGCUCAAAAUCCGCCGAGUCGGAGAUUUGAAGAGAGUCUUCGAACUGCGGCUGAGAGGUGGGAAGGAAUGUCGUUGACAGAAAGAUAUGCCAGCAAUAACGAUUACAUUGGAUUUUACCGCAUGGUGCACGACGCCAAAUUCCCCAACGACGAGGCUCCACCGUUACCACACUCGUCUACAUGGUUCCAACAUAUGGAAGACCCUAAUGCGACUUCCGCAGCACAAAAUGCAUCUGGCCCACGGAAUUCUACGCGCAGUCGCCGUGAACCGUCCGAAUCAGAUGACGAUAUUGCCAUUCAGCGAGAGCGCAUUUCCACGAAAUGUCCCCUUACAUUGCUACCUUACCAGGACCCAGUCACCAGCACAAAAUGUCCACAUAGCUUCGAACGAGAGGCUAUUCUUGAUAUGAUUGCGCGCAGCGGGAUGCAAAUUCCCGUUGGACCGGGUCGCGGGGCUCGACGUGUGCGCGCAGUUAAAUGUCCCGUCUGCUCGACUCCUUUCACUGCGGACGAUCUACGAUCUGAUCCGGUUCUGUUACGUCGGGUACGACGUGCAGAGGAGCUGGCUGCGCGAGAAGCCGAAGAAAACAUGGAGGGCCAGUCUCAAUUGGCGCCUCGGCCCAAUGAGGUUACCUUAGAGAGUGAUGCUAUUGAUGCUGACGACAUGGAAGUUGAGGUGGAAGUGGAUGCGGAUGCGGAUGCAGAUGAGGACGCCCCGGCGCCUAGUGCACGAGUCAAGACCGAGCCGAUGGAGCGAGCCGUAUCUACUGAUAGCGAGGAACAUGAGGCCGAGACCGAGGAAUCGGAAGACAAUGAUGAAGAUAUGGACUCGAGCGAUAAUGCAGAGUCCGAAGAAGAGUAG